AGGCUAUACCAAGGCGUGUUUCCUCCUAGCUUCCUCUAUAAAGAGCAGAAGGAGGUUGGGGUGCCCUUCAAGGAACCAGGUCCAUUGAACCCAGUCCAUCUCCUCCUGCUCCCAGUUUUGCUCUCCAGGACAUGGCAGGCCCCACAACCAUGGCAGCCAGCCUCCUCCUCCUGGUUCUGUGUACCCACUGCAUUGCCCCUGCAGGCUCUGUGACCAUACCGUCUUCCUGUUGCAUGUCCUUCAUUUCCAAGAAAAUUCCUGAGAGCCGAGUGGUAAGCUACCAGCUGUCCAGUGGGAGUAUCUGCCCCAAGGCAGGAGUGAUCUUCACCACCAAGAAGGGCCAGAAGUUCUGCGGUAACCCUAAGAAGCAGUGGGUCCAGAGGUACAUGAAGAACCUGAACAGCAAGCAGAAGAAGGCCUCAUCCUGGGGCCAGGGCAACGGGCACCCAAGUCUGUCUCCAGAGACGCCCUACUGAUAGCUGCAUCUCACCAUCUCCUGGCCCCUGUCCUGAAGUUGCAUCUUGGUCUUAGUUAUUUGCCAGGCUGCUUGGGGCCUGGUGAGCCAGUGGUGAUAAGUGAAGAGCUAACGUUCCUGUUUCUUAGCAUCACUUGCAGGGGAUGUGUCUAGUCUAUAAAAACUCGUGGGAUCUGAGCAAAGGCUCCAAGCAUCCUGUGGUCCUGGCCUUCCCUGAGCUGGGGAGAAGGGCCUUUGUCCUCCUUCUGAGCUGGAGCUGGCUCUUCCCCUGCCUUCCAGGCACCAUCAGAGCCCAGGUGCAUGAGGCCCAACCUGUACACAAACUUGCUUGCACCUUAGCCUGCUGCUGGCUUCUCUGGACCCUCUGGUCUUGCGGUGGGGCCUACAGGCUAUCAUUCAUCUAUCUAUCUAU